UUUCCUCUGUCGUGAUCGCCGAGCUUUGGUGCCUGGCUCAGUCCCUAUGAGGAGGCCGCAGCAGCUGGGCGGCCAUGGGCUCGCUGAGCAGCCGGGUGUGGAGGGGGCAGGGGGGAGCCCCGCGCGGAGGGGAGGCAGCGGCGACUGUGGCUGUGAGGGGAGACGGCAGCGGCGGGAGCAGGGGGAGCCGCAGCGGGGCGGCCAAGAGGAAGCGGGGCGGCCCUGGCGAUGGCACGAGCGACAGCGAUAGCGACGGGGAGGGCGAGCGGGAGGAGCGGCUACUUAACACCCCUAGAAGGAAAAAACUAAAAAGUACCUCCAAGUAUAUUUAUCAGACUCUAUUUUUGAAUGGUGAAAACAGUGAUAUUAAUAUUUGUGCCCUGGGAGAAGAAUGGAACUUGCACAAGAUAUACCUGUGUCAGUCUGGCUACUUCUCCAGCAUGUUCAGUGGUUCAUGGAAGGAAUCAGGCAUGGAUACAAUAGAACUGGAAAUUCCUGAUCAGAAUAUUGAUGUAGAAGCUUUGCAGGUAGCGUUUGGCUCACUUUAUCGAGAUGAAGUGUUAAUAAACCCCAGCCGAGUGAUUGCCCUCCUGGCUGCUGCUAGCAUGUUGCAAUUGGAUGGCUUAAUUCAGCAGUGUGGUGAAACAAUGAAGGAAACAAUCAAUGUGAAAACUGUGUGCAGUUAUUAUAAUUCUGCAGGAACAUACGGACUAGACUCUGUUAAGAAAAAGUGCCUUGAAUGGCUGUUGAACAACCUGAUGACACAUCAGAGUGUGGAACUCUUCAAAGAACUCAGUAUAAAUCUCAUGAAACAGCUGAUCAGUUCCUCUAAUCUGUUCGUAAUGCAAGUGGAGAUGGAUGUGUAUACAGCUCUCAAGAAGUGGAUGUUUCUUCACCUAGUGCCUUCUUGGAAUGGAUCACUGAAGCAACUUUUAAGUGAAGCUGAUGCCUGGUUUUCAACACGCAGAAAAGAUUUAGAGGUUGGUGUAUCGUUCUUACAGUCUGAACAAGGACAUGCAUUUCUGACAGUGUUCAGACAUUUGAGGCUGCAGUACAUAGUCAGUGAUCUGGCAUCUGCAAGAAUUAUCGAGCGAGAUAAUUUGAUACCAGCAGAGUGGCUGUCCUCUGUUUACAAACAGCAGUGGUUUGCCAUGCUCAGAGCAGAACAAGACAAUGAUAUUGGGCCUCAGGAAAUCAAUAAAGAAGAACUUGAGGAAAAUAGUAUGAGGUGUGGCAGGAAACUCUCCAAGGAUGGUGAUUAUUGUUGGCGAUGGACCGGUUUCAACUUUGGCUUUGAUUUGCUGGUUACAUAUACAAACCGUUACAUCAUCUUUAAGCGCAACACACUGAAUCAACCAUGCAGCGGCUCAGUCAGUUUGCAGUCCCGAAGGAACAUUGCUUUCAGGUUGCGCCUGGCUUCUUUUGAUAGCAGUGGGAAGCUUAUUUGCAGUAGAACUGCAGGAUAUCAGAUAUUAACCCUUGAAAAAGAUCAGGAACAAGUAGUGAUGAAUUUGGACAGCCGAUUGUUAGUCUUUCCUCUGUACAUUUGUUGUAAUUUCCUGUAUACAUCCCCAGAGAAAAGAAUGGAGAAUGACGGGCCUUCAGAUAACCUGGAAAACUGAGCAUUAUCUUUGAAACUCAGCACUGUUAAUCCGUUUUCUUGAAUGCUUUAAUUCACGUACUGCAUUGGUGCACUGAAGGAAAAGUAAUAAAAAAGCCUUAUGUACUGUAACAGAUAAAAAUGCAACUUCUACUCUGUAUCUAUACAUUCCUAUGCAUUUUCAAAACAUUUGCAAUUAAGUAUGGCAACCGUGUUUUUAUAAGCAUCUUCAGAGGAGGCUGCACACUUCAAAAUUAGAUCCCCCCUCUUGCUUAUUACAAACUGAAUUGCAGCUAGCAAAACUGGGCCUGUUUAAAUGUUAAUAGUGCAUUUGUAUAAUUCAUGAUAAACUUAGGUUGACCUGUUAUUUCUACUGAACAGUGUCUAGGUUUUGUUCUGGCUGAUCUUCAUAUAUUUUAAGGGUCAGUUUUUUCCUGCCUUCAGUAUUUGUGCUUUGGAGUGAGGCACACUUUGACCCCUUUGAGUUUUUUUUUUUAAUUCAUUAAGCAUUUUGGGAUUGUAUUAAGUUGGGUUAUUUCAAUAUGUAAUAUAUGCUUACAUGUAUAUUUUACUUGUUCUCAAAGUAUUUUUUUUAAACAUCGGAUGUAUUUUUAAAGUUUGUUUUGUGGAGUACACAAGAGAAGAGAUGGAUGCUGUUCCAGUCCUGCAAUUUUAGUGCUACUGCAGAGGCUUCAGUCCACCUACCGUUUUGCGUAGGCCUCAGUAUUUGGGGAGUAUUUUUUUCACGAGCCAUUAAAGCACAGAGCAUUCCCCAAUGCUGAUAUGUAUGAAGAGGUUUCUGCUGGUAGGAUCCCCCAGACCCAAAGCAGUUCCUGCCUUUAAGAGUUGCAGCAAAAAGAAUAUUCUGCCCACCAUAGCUUAUCUCUUCAUUACAGCUCUGUUGAGGCAAGAGCCACACUUGUGACAUUCUGGAUCAUUUGAUACCCUUAAAUGCACAAGAGGCCUCUCAGGUUCUCAGUUGAAGACAUGUGUUGGAGCAUGGAUGGUGGUUCAAAUGCUUGAGAAGACUAAGAAAUAUCUUUGAGAAACUCUCCAUGGUGUGCCUUGCACCUCCUCAGUCUCUCUCACCUGAGCCUGUCAACAAGUUUCACAUAGAAUUCCACUGAAGCCCAAAGUGUGCAAAGAACAAGGUUCUGAAACAAGUCAUGUACUUGAGAGUAAACAUCCUGAUUAUGCUCAGGAACUUGUGACCUUGGAGUGCCUUUUGAGUUAUAUAAGUAUUUGAACAGUUCUCACAUCACUUAAGCUAGGUUGCAGGAUUCAAAAUAGGAACCAACUUAAUAGAUAUCUUGAGUUGGUCUACAAAAAAGAGAGUGAUCCAUUAAAACGCAAGAUGUAAACUUUUACGUCCUUUGUAUAUACCUGGGUGGGUUUUUUUUAAUUUGCUGUUGAAUCUUAAAAUUUUUGUUGAUGCCCUAUUUUGUAAUGUUACUUUAAAAAAAGUAAUCUUUUAUGCUAUGAAGAUAAAAAUAACAUGUUCAGCAGUCUGAAACUAUGUUAAAUUGUGAAUAAACCCCUCCAGUUAAUUUCUA